GUGUACCCUCACGCACGUACUAUUAAUUAACUAUCCUACGCUGUCUUUACUCUUGUUCUUUGUUUCUUCCUUCCUAAUAAUACUAUUUGUUUUGGUGGUUGCAUUGAAACAGAGGUUAGGUGGAUAAAAAGAUAGAAUCAUAGAUGUGUCUUGUUCUGUAGCAAACUUUUACCACCUUCCCCUUCUUAUCUCUUCUUUCCCGGUGCAUGUGGCUGAUUUUCCGGUUCUUGCUUCCAUAAUUCACCUCCUCAUUCUCUGAUUUGAUGGGAGAAACUUGUGAUUUUAGAAGUUGGGAUGAAUUGAUUCCUGAUGCACUAGGAGUAAUCUUCACAAAUCUUUCUCUACAAGAGAGAGUUACAGUGAUUCCAAGGGUAUGUAAAUCAUGGGCUAAAGCAGUAUCUGGACCUAAUUGUUGGCAAGAGAUAGACAUUGAAGAAUGGAGCAACCAUUGUCAACCUGAUAAACUUGAUCAGAUGCUUCAUAUGCUUAUCAAUAAAAGUUGUGGAUCUAUCCGAAAGCUUUGUGUUUCUGGUCUUCAAACUGAGAACAUUUUCACUUUCAUUGCUGAAAAUGCUGGUUCCCUUCGUAGUUUGCGACUGCCUCGGAGCACUAUGAGUGAUUUAGUUGUGGAACAAGUUGCUGGAAAAUUUUCUAUGAUAACAUACUUGGAUGUGAGCUAUUGUAUCAAAAUCGGUGCUUCUGCUAUUGAGACGAUUGGCAAGAAUUGCAAACUGUUAGAAGGGUUGUGUAGGAACAUGCAUCCAUUAGAUACAGCAGGCAAGCCAUUACAAGACGAUGAGGCAUAUGCAAUUGCAAGCACAAUGCCUAAGCUCAAGCAUCUCGAAAUGGCUUAUCAUAGGAUCAGCACUCCUGGGGUUGUUCGAAUACUUUCUAACUGUCCUAAGCUUGAAUUUUUGGAUCUAAGGGGAUGUUGGGGUGUCAACCUAGACAACAACACGCCCGCGAAGCAGAGUUUUCCGAAACUUAAAGUUUUGGGACCUUUUGUUCUUGGUGCUUAUGAGAGUGAUGGUUGGGAUGAUGAUGAUUACUCAGAUGUAUCAGACGCUUCGGAGUAUUUAGCUUGGGAUUUUGUAGCUGGUAAUGAAUACUAUGUCGAUGAUGAUAGUGAUGGUUAUGAAGGGAGGAUAGAAGAUGAGCUUGAGUUUGGAUUAUAUGAAGGGAUAGAAGAUGCUGGAAUGUAUUGGCCUCCAUCUCCAUAAUUUGAUUAUAUUAUUAAUUACAUUUGCUAUGAUAUUAAGUGUAUGGUUUUUCUAUGUGUAACUAAUGCUUUCAACUUGACUUUUAUGUACUCUACUAUCAAUUAAUCAGUGAUGUGUUGUUUUCUUCAA